GAGGAAUCGCACAAAUAUGCCGCUGGAGUCAAUUGUGGACGCUGCCGUGAGAAUAAAGCCAUCUGUAAAACUGAUAGAUUUUAUCACCAAGAACGCAAGAGACGCAAAUGAUGCGCCGAUUGGCGUCGUAUCUUUAAUCGAAGCGUCUAAGAAAUCUAAGAGGGAGAUCGCGAGUGUUACGUUAAAAAUCGAGGAUCUCAGGUGGCUGAGCAGAUAUUUAGCGGAAUACAGAAAAAGUGCAACCGAGAAAGUUUACAUGCACGAGCUUUUUGACGAUUCUGACGUGAUACUGCCGUCGCCAGAGGUCACACCGAGGAAUCCAGAGUUGGAGGCUAGAAUACAGAAGUUAAAGGCGCAACAAAACGCCAGGGAGUAUCAAGCGAUGACGAAGAGCAUCGAUUCCGCACGGAAAUUCUUACCCGAGGACAGCAUUUCGUACCAAAUGAAGCAAAUAAACAGACAACUCAUCGCCGUUGCGCAGUUUGUAUUUUCCGUGAUAGCUGGCUUCGCUUUCGGAUUCAUCGGAGUGGAACUCGUAAUUGGGAACUUAGAUUUUGGAUUUCGAUUACUUUUAGGUAUAAUUUGUGGACUAAUUAUAGCACUCGCUGAGAUCUACUUCCUGGCUCUGAAAUUAAACGAGUACGAUUUCGAUACACUCGCUACGCCCAAAGCUAAAAAGUUGCAUCAGGAUUAGCGUGCAAUUCUCGUUUGCUAUUUGAUUAUUUUUAAUGUUGUACGAUAAAACGAAAAAUUGAAUACUAAUCAACAAGAUUUAUAUGGUGUACAUAAUACGAAAAAUGUUGACAACAUUAUAAGACAUUCUUACAUAAUGUAUUGUUACUAAGAGACAAACCAACAUAAUUAAGGUAUGAUUAAGAUACCGGUUGUUUAUUUUUAUCUCGAUCAUGGUUCUAUACUGUCAUUUUAUGUAUAAACACAAUAAUGUAAACGUUAUUUAUUUCACACUAUUGGGCGAUUAAUAUAAAUUGUAUAGUGUGUAUAAGAUAAAUAAUGAGGGAAAAUAUAUCAUGAUGAAUAUAUAACUGAUG